AAUCCCAAAAAAUGAAGAAAUGCGAAAAAAUUGUUUCACGUUAUUGGCCGUGAUGUAUCUUACAAAGGAGUAAAAAUAUGCAGUGACCACUUUACAAAAAAUGACUAUCAUGAAAUGAAUGAAUAUAAACAAAAUAAAAUAUUGAGAAAGACUGCAGUUCCAUUAAUUUUCGUGGAAGAAAAUUGUAAACAUGUGGAGAAGGAUACAGAUACCAAUUUAAGCACAGAUAUAAAUACAAAUACAGCAGAAAAUAAUGACAUAGACAAUGAAAGAAAUAGUCAAAAUACGAGUAAGAAUUCCAUUACGGACACAGAUACAGAUAUACGUACACAUGUAGCAGAAGAUGUUAAUAACAUAAAUAUCCAUAGCAACCACAGUAAUAAUCACAGUAGAAAAAAGAAAUUAUAGCAAGAGAAUUUUAGAAACUCAAAAAUUAAAAAAAUAUUUGUAAACACUUCUAAACAUGCUACAAAAUGCUUCCGUAAAACAGAUUUUGUGUCUGAUGCAAAAUGGGAGCAGUUUGUAAGAUAUGUGUCAUAUAUUCGAAAUGAAACAAAAAGUAUGUGGCAAAAGAAAAACCUUAUGCAGAAGAAAGUUUUAACUUAUAAAGAUUUGCUUCAGGACCUGAAAAGUAAAAACUUUAUAACAAAUAAUGGUAUAGAUG